AUAGCCGACAACGUCACAGAGCUGAUUGGAGACACACCGCUCGUCUACCUGAACACCGUGACCAAGGGAUGCGUGGCGCGAGUGGCGGCCAAGCUGGAGAGCUGCGAGCCAUGCAGCAGCGUCAAGGACAGGAUUGGGCGCAACAUGAUUGAGGAUGCGGAGAAGAAGGGCUUGAUCCAGCCAGGCGUCACCACCCUGGUUGAGCCCACCAGCGGCAACACCGGCAUUGGGCUGGCCUUUCUGGUGGCUGGGGCUGGGCCGGGGGGACGGCGGGGGUGGAUGCUCCCCCAGGCGGCGGCGACGAGCCGAUGGCUGACCUGGCGCCUCGCCGCCUGCACCGCUGGCCUGCUGGGCGCAGGCAUGAAGGGCGCGGUGGCCAAGGCCGAGGAGAUUGCGGCGGGCACGCCCAGCAGCUACAUCCUGCAGCAGUUCAACAACCCCGCCAACGCCGAGAUCCACAGGCUCACCACGGGGCCCGAGAUCUGGCGGGACACCGAGGGCAAGAUCGACUUCUUUGUCAGCGGCGUGGGCACCGGCGGCACCAUCACCGGCGCCGGCGAGCAAGCCACCUUCCUCUCCAAUCCGGGCGUGAAGGUGGUGGCCGUGGAGCCCACGGAGUCGCCGGUGCUGAGCGGCGGCAGCCCCGGCCCCCACAAGAUCCAGGGCAUCGGCGCCGGCUUUGUGCCGGGCGUGCUCAACACAAAGGUCUACGACGAGGUGGUGAAGGUGAACAGCGACGACGCGGUCAGCAUGGCAAAGCGGCUAGCCAAGGAGGAGGGGCUGCUGGUGGGCAUCUCGUCGGGAGCGGCGGUGCAGGCGGCGAUCGAGGUGGCGUCGCGGACGGACAACGCGGGCAAGCUGGUGGUUGCCAUCAUCCCCUCAUUUGGGGAGCGCUACCUGUCCUCCGUCCUGUUCAACUCCAUCCGCGAGGAGUGCGAGCGCAUGGGCGUG